CGGACGUUACAACGUCAAUCAGAUGCAAGAGCUCGCUAAGUACUCUUUGAGAAUUUCGUAACUUCCGCUACGAGCCGCCACCAUUUACUUCCACUAUCAAUUUGCCCACCUCUGCUUCCGUAAAUCUGAGAUCGUUCGUUGACCGUAACCUGUUUUGACAAGCGUCGAAGGAAGUAUACGCACAGGUAUAAAUCGGUAUGUUUAAGAGUGAAUUUACUCAUUAAUGAAUACAUAUUAAAUCAACAAGACGAGUUUGCAUACUCGCUUGAACGAUUUCCUGCUGAACAAGUAGAGAGAUAUUGGUACAUAAAAGGGAACGCAGCUGCUGUUUGCGUAUAUAUGAGGACGUAUAUAUCACGACGACGGAGUAAAAGCAAGAUACUUCGUCAGGAAGAAAGCGUGUUGUUUCAAAUGUUUUAUUUGCUGCGUAAAGAAAAUGACGCUUCCUUCGAAGGACUUGGUUAAACUACUUGAUCUCAUCAACGAGGAGCAUUUGGACACCACCCUGGAGAAUCUGUGCAACCAGUUGCACCAGAGCUUCCCCAAGGAGGAUCGUUUCAAAGUCGGUAGCACGUUGUUGUUAUUGUUGCAACAUGUCGAUCUGCUACCGAAGCAUGUUCAACGCAUCAUAGCUUUAGCUCUACUGUUCAAUCUGUACAAAGGUGAGCCAUUAGCCUCUACACCCUUCGCUCCUGUGUUUGUUCAGAUGCUAAAGACGCCACAGGAAGAUACCAGCAAUGGGAUCCCUAAGCCGUCCAGUCACACCGGUCACAUACCAUUUUUGUCCACCUGUGAGAAGAAUCUGCUGGUGAAUUUAAUAGGAUACAAUCAAAAGGAGAUCAUGAAGAAAACACCACGUCAGAUAGUAGACGAAUUUUAUUUCGCCUCCGUGCCAUCUAUAGAUUUAACCAAUUUGCAGUUACAACUAGCGGAACAUCAUUCCGAGCUGCCAUCUGUCAGCAAGUGUGGACAUCCUGUAAUUUUGCCAGAUAUGGAUCAAUCCAAAGUGACGGAGAUCGACAAGACUGCCAUGCGAAGCGUGAUGGAGAAACUCACGACCGGUGAUCCACCUUUAUGCAGGCAGAGCUAUCAUCCUGAAUUUUUGAGGCUGACGCCGCCUCUUCAUCAUUCCAUCAACGAGUUACCCUGGUUCGAUGUCACAGAACCAACUCAGUUUACAAUCGAGUAUGACACCAGCAUGUGUGUGUCCAAUUGCGCCGGUGCGGAAGCUCGUAAACUGAUGGGCAAGGCUUUCAAAAAUGUUCUGACUCUGCAGCAACAGCAGCACUUGGUGAACGAGUUGGACAGAGACCCGAAGUUGGUCUAUCAUAUUGGACUUACACCGGGCAAGUUGCCGGAUCUGGUUGAGAACAAUCCUCUGAUCGCUAUCGAAGUUUUACUGAAGCUAAUGCAGUCCAGCCAGAUCACCGAGUACUUCAGCGUGCUGGUGAAUAUGGAGAUGUCCCUUCACUCCAUGGAAGUCGUGAACAGAUUAACCACCACUGUGGAUCUACCGACGGAAUUUGUACAUCUUUACAUCAGUAAUUGUAUAUCCACUUGCGAGACUAUCAAGGACCGUUACAUGCAAAACCGACUCGUACGGCUGGUUUGCGUGUUCCUGCAGUCCUUGAUAAGAAACAAGAUCAUAAACGUGCAAGAGCUGUUUAUCGAAGUGCAAGCGUUCUGCAUUGAAUUUAGUCGCAUCAGGGAGGCCGCUGCGUUAUUCCGACUUCUGAAACAACUCGAAUCGGGUGAUACCGGUGGACUCAAUGCUCCACCUACGAAAAGUAAAAUCGAUAUGUGUUAAAUGUAUUAUCGUGCGCCGGAAUAUUAUUUAAAUUAUUUAUAACGCGAGAGAAGUAUCGUUUAUUAAUCGCGUAUAGAAAUUGGCAAAAUGAGAUUCAUAAUAGACAAGAUAAUUAUACUUGGUCGUUGUAGAUCGUAUCCUGUACGAUACGAGAUUGAAUUGUUCACGAAUCCUCGGAGUAUCUAAAUAAAAUUAUUUGAUCGACAGUCUGUUAAUUUAUUACGAUGACUAUGCAGGAUAUGUAGUUACCAUAAUAAAAUAAUCGUGAAAUCUGAUCAUGAAAAAGUGAACUUUAAAAUUCGAUCGCACGUAAAACUUGAUUUUAAGCCAAAUAUGUUGCUUUAACAAAAUUUUACUGAUACUAUGCGAUCUUGACUGGAUAUGUGAUGCAGAAUGAACAAGGUUUACAUACAUAUGAUAUGUUGCGAACAUAUUUGGAUCGUGAGUAAUGUGAUCUAGUCUAAAAUCCUUUUAUCUAUAUUAUGUCUUUCUACAUUGAGGAUUUUAUAAUAUGCACGAUCAUA